AAACCAAUCAAACCGAUUUUAUCCAUUUGAAAACACACCUCACUUGAAACUAUACUCUCUCACUCCGCUCUCCACCGAGCGUCUCUUUCUCUCUCACACUAACCCAAAAUGCAAACACUCCAAACUCAUCAUCUCUUCACCAUCCCUCCACACAAACCUCCUAAAACCCUACCAAAACCCCACACUCCCCAAAUCCCUAAAUCCAACCCCUUCCAAUUCUUCCUCAAAACCCAUCAUCUCUCCACCAAAUUCGCCGUCAACUCCUUCAGCUCCGACGAAUUCCCGGUCGACGAGACCUUCCUCGAAUCCUUCAAACCCAGAGAGAAAGAACCCGAGGAGGAAGCUCGACGCCGCAAUUGGGUAGAGCGAGGAUGGGCUCCUUGGGAGGAAAUCCUCACCCCGGAAGCCGAGUUCGCACGAGCAGCCCUCAACGAAGGCGAAGAAGUGCAACUCAAAACCCCCGAAGCCAUCGAAGCUUUCAAGAUGCUAAACCCCAAGUACAGAAAGAAGAAAAUGGAGGACUUGGGGUUGACGGAGGAGGAGUACUACGCGAAACAGUUUGAAAUUAAAGGGGAAAUUCCGGAGCCACUGAAGACGGUGUGGGCGGGGCCUUUGGUGCUCCGGCACGUACCGCCAAGGGAUUGGCCGCCGCCAGGGUGGGAGGUGGACAGGGAGGAGCUGGAGUUUAUUCGCGAAGCGCAUAAGUUACAGGCGGUGAGGGUUGAUUUGGAAGAAGUGGAGAGGGAGUCGAGGAUGGACACUGAGAGCUUGUGUUUGGAUCGAUACAAGGUGUUUCUGAAGCAGUAUAAUGAGUGGGUCGCGGCAAAUAAGGAUAGAUUGGAGGAAGAAUCUUAUAAGUAUGACCAAGAUUACUAUCCUGGAAGGAGGAAAAGAGGCAAGGACUACAAAGAGGGAAUGUAUGAGCUUCCAUUUUAUUAUCCAGGACAAAUUUGUGCAGGUAAAGUUACCACUUUACACCUUUAUCAAGGAGCAUUUGUUGACAUUGGAGGUGUCUAUGAUGGGUGGGUCCCUAUAAGACGUAACGACUGGUAUUGGAUUCGCCAUCACAUUAAAGUUGGUAUGCAUGUCAUUGUUGAAAUUCUGGCUAAGCGUGAUCCUUUCCGGUUUAGGUUUCCUAUUGAGAUGCGUUUUGUUGAUCCCAAUAUAGAUCACCUGAUCUUUCACAGAUUUGAAUCCCCACCAAUUUUUCAUCGUGAAGAGGAUUCAAAUCCAGACGAAUUACGUCGUGAGAGUGGAAGAUCUCCUAUUCCUAGAAAAGAUCCAGGAAUCAAAGUGGAAGAGGAACCUUUGUUGUCAAAUCAUCCUUAUGUUAAUAAGUUAUGGCAACUUCAUGUGGCUGAGCAAAUGAUUUUGGAUGAUAUGGAGGACAAUCCUGAUAAAUAUAAAGACAAAAUUUUGUCAGAAUUAACUGAUGAUGAUGAUUUUGAUGAAGAAAACAGUGUAGAAUAUACCAAAGCUUACUAUAAGAAAGCCUUAAUACCAAAAACAAUUUUGAAAACCAGUGUUAAGGAACUUGACUUGGAAGCUGCACUUGCUGAGCGUCAGCUACACAAUAAACUAAGAAAGGAAGCGAAAGAAAGAGGAGAAGAAUAUAAAGAUACCAAGAUGAGACGAAAUAUUGAAAUGGACGAAUAUGACUUGAUCCAUUGGCGUCGGUCAUUAGAGGAAAGGGAGGCUCUGAUCAGAGAUAUCAGCUGCCGGCAAGCCCUUGGCCUCCCAUUAGAAGAACCGGGAAGGUAUGUAGAUGCCAGUUAUUUUGGAGAUGAAUAUGAUCCUGCAAACCCUUUAUACCGGUACGACUACUGGGGAGAACCCAAGAAUUCAGAAAAGAGCAAGCAAGAGAGGAUGACAGAUGCCCACAAUAAAUCUAUUGUGGGCAAGGGAACCGUUUGGUAUGAGAUGUCUUAUGAAGAUGCUAUCAAUCAGCGGAUGCAAAAGGAAGCCCAGUCGAAAGGAGUAAUGCAGAUAGAGGUUGACGAAGAAGAUGGCACUGGUAGAGACCUAGAUGAUGAGGAUGAUGACGACGACGACUUUGAUUACAGUAUUCUGGGCGACCCUAAUGUGGAUUUUUCGAACCAACCUGUCGUUAAUGGGACUGAAUCCUCCAGAAUGUCAGAUGAAGGUAUGUUUGAAAAUUAGUUGUGUAGCAAAAGCAUAGCAGCAGCUGUAAUGUUUUUUGUACAGUAAUGUAUAAUAGUCGGUGAGAAGAAAAUAUGCGGCGAAACAUUUUUGCUGUUGAUAUGUCAUUUGUGAGUACCAUAAUUCUGAAUUAAGAGUAAGAUUACAAAAGAAUUUUGACCAACAAUUGCAAUUA